AAAAAAUCUGUAAAACUUUAAUGAAAAAGCCUUCCGACCGGGUCACGUGGACAGCGUCAUUCGUCAUAAGACUAACAAUAUGGCUGCUUACACGGUCGGAUUUGUUUUCGUUAAUCGGACAUAUUUAUUUAUUUAAGAUAUACAGUUUUGACGUGAAAUUUGGUGUGUACAGUAGAAAAAUAAGAAAAAAAAACCUAAGUAUUCCCUGUCUAAGGGCGGUCUGGACAGAAGACUGGAUUUGGAAGGCAUUAUUUCUCAGUAAUAUUCGGUCGGUGUUAGCUGGAGUCCCAGUCAUGGCAUCUUCAUUUGUUGUUGGGGAUACAUUUAGAAAGAAAGUGUCAGAGUUGCUGGACAACAAAAACUCGCGUCUGCCUCAAACGCUGAGGGACGAGCUGGAGCAACUUUUGGAAAAAUCCCAUCCAACGAUUCUGUCUUUCAGCACCGCGAGAAAACUGAAGAAACACCUUGAGGACGCAGGGCAUCCUUUCUAUCUACACGAAUGUCUGGGGGACAGCCAUCUGCACCUGCCUGAGGUUGUGAGGCCUCCCCGGAACCCUGUGUUGGUGGCGCGCCUUAAGAAAAUCAAAGCGAAACUUGCCAAUGAGGAAUACAACAGGAUGACCCGUAACGUCAACACUCAGGAAAUCAACAGAAAUGGAACAUUAGCAGAUUUUGGACAGCAAGUGCGCUCUGUCAAAGCAGUGGUGGUGACCGUUUUCAACUUCCUGGUGACGGUGGUGGCUGCUUUUGCCUGUUCCUACAUGGGCAGUCAGUACCUGUUCGCUGAGACCGCGGCGCGGGUCAUCUUGGCUGUGAUCGCUGCCUCCGUGGUCGGGCUUGCUGAGCUGUACGUUCUGGUUCGGACCAUGGAGGGAGAUCUGGGCGAGCCAUAGCGCCUCUUAAUUAAAAAUAUUAUUUCUUUUUUUUUCUUAAUUAAAUUUCUUUUUGUAAAAUAUUUGUGAUUCUGAGUGAAAUGAACUUUGAUGGCGCGUUUUCCGAGAGAGAUUGGCAGUUUUCCCUAUUUUUCUUUCUGACAACAGAUGUUUUUGUAUUUAUUUCCUGUUAUUUUUGUCAUUUCUUUUCUAAAAAACACACCCCUGUUUUUGUCUAAACAGAAUGCCCUGACACUGCCAUUCUAUUGUAAGAUAUAGUCAUGUUUAAUAAAUGUGAUUAAUGCUGAAUGAGUUCCAUGAAAGUCAGAGUUAAUGCUUCAUAAUUGUGUCUCCCUUCCCACAGAAUGUCUAUUAUCUUAGUCCUAAUGUUCACCAUCAGCAUCUUUAAACUAUGAGGUCAAAUAGAUGGUAUUAUCUGACAUUGUGAUAUUAUUUGGAAUAAUCUGGUAGAAAAAUAUGGCUAUUCAGGUGGACGCUGACAUUUUAUUCCACACACCUCACACAUAGUGUUAUAGAAGAAAUGUUUCAGUCAUGAAUCAUUCAGAUCUUUUAUUUUGACAGUUUUUUUAAACCAAAUUAGAUGUAACUACGAGCCACAGCACGGCACAUGCUGCUCAUCAUCUGAGGAUGGACCGGGCUCAUUUUAAGACUGAUUUUCGAACACAAAUAACUCAUUUAAGAGCAUCUGCUUCCUCCAUUUUUUUUUAAACCAAAGCCUCUGUUGCUGUUUACUGAUGUGUUUUCAUUUGAUGUGUGUUUUCUGGUCUGUUUAUUGCUAUAUUGUUUCUGAUCUGAAGACUUACUGGGCAAGCCGACAGUGAAAAACAAACGAUUAAUGUGAUUUUCUGGCUCUGAACAGUAACACCAUGUCUUUCUAAACUGAUCGCAUACAGCACACAAUAUCCCUUUUCACUGAUCCCUUUUUCAGAUAUCAAUUUAUGCUUCUGUAUAUCACACUGCCCUGCACUUGUUAAGUCCUGUUUUAUUACUGAAUGGAUUAAAAACAUCUAACUACAUCUGGCAUCCACAAAAAAAGUAUCUUCCUAAGAUCUGAGAUUUGACACCCGGAUUAAAGGUUUAUGGAAA